CCGCCACCGCCCAACGAAAUAAUAGCCGAAAACCUUCUCCCACGGGCCGCACUUUCGUAGUCGUGUCGACGUUUUACGGUCCUCCUCUGCAGCAGCAGCAUAGGUCUCUCAUUCGUUUGAUAUCCAUCCAGUCGUGUCCACAAAUACUUUGUAAACAAUACACACUAGCAUGUCUGAAAUCACACUCCCAACCGUUUGGAUACUUGGUGGACCUGGCAGCGGCAAGGGUACCCUUUGUGACAAGAUCGUUGCAAAAUACGGGUUUACUCACAUUUCGACUGGUGAUUUGCUAAGGGAUGAAGUGAACACAGGGUCAGAACGUGGUCAAGAACUGGUGAAAAUUAUGAAAGAAGGAGCCUUAGUUCCGACGUCUGUUGUGAUGGAGCUACUCAACGAGAAGAUCAAAAGCAAAGUAGCAACAUCCAAAGGUUUUCUAAUUGAUGGUUAUCCACGUGAGAAGAAACAAGGAGAGGAAUUCGAAACUGCGAUAAAACCUGUAGACAUGGUAUUGUACUUGGAAUCCAAAGACGAGACAAUGGUGCAGAGAUUGCUUAAACGGGCUGAGACCAGUGGUCGGUCAGACGACAAUUUGGAAACAAUUCAAAAGCGAUUACAAACGUUCCAUGAUAAUAACGAUCCGAUUAUAGAAGCAUACAAGUCUAAGGUAGUUAUCAUAUCAGCUGAACAAAGUGCUGAAGAAGUUUUUGCCGAAGCAGAGAAAAAACUUGAUACAUUGGUUGCAUAAUCUUAAGAAUGAAAGCCUACAUCAGUUUUGAUGAUAAUAAAAAUCGAAAAAGUGUUACGAUACAAGCUCAAAGUUCCAUUUGAAAAAAAUAUGAAGUUAAGUUUUUCUCUUAUGUGUAUUUAUUUUCACAAGCUAUAAAUAUAGAUUUAGGUUUGAAUUAAUAAUAAAACAAGAUAAAAUGUCAGUUGUAACCUGGUUACUUAUAUAAUUAUUAUAUUAAUUGUUUUGUUGCAAAUUAAAAUAUUUAGGGUAAUAUAAAAGUAGGAGAUAUAAUGUUUAGGUGAUUUUGGUUUCAUUGCUAUAUAUACAAAGAAUUUUUUUUUACGACACUUCGAUUAUUUAUUUUUUUGUGUUACUAUGUUUAUUAAAGAACAAAUUUGAAUCAUCUAUUUACUCUUAUUUAUUAAGAAGGAAAUACCUAUGAUAAAGAUGAUUAUGUUGAUAAUAUAAUUUCAAAUUCAAACAUAAUUAUUGUUGUUAAUUAUAAUAAAGUUGUUAUUGCAGUAUUAAAAAUGUUAUUUGCUUUUUAAGUAAAAAAAUUAAAUGUUUAUG